CCCAGAUCAACUGGGCUUAUCAAAAGUCCAGUAUUGCGACUCAAUUAUCCUCUCAUUGCGUGUAUAGUGUGGCAUGGUCGGCCCCGGAAAUUAAUAUCUUCAGAGAAUUUUUCCCGCUUAGUCCUCCACCAUGCAUUCAUACGUGCGACCGAAUCAGUUUGUCGCCUUCAAGCUCCCGUCUGAUCAGACGAGGAUCCAGAAGAUUGUCCCUAACACCCAAGUAUUCCUGGGCAAAUAUGGAACCUUCCCCGCCAACCAGAUCAUCGGCCGUCCGUUCUACCUAACCUUCGACAUCCACGAGACCCCCGGCGAGCCCGAUAGCACCCACCUGCGCAUUGUCUCGGCGGCCGAACUCCAUGCGGAACACCUUAUUGCUGAGGGCGAGGGCGAUGGCGACGACCAAGAGCCGGUCGAUGAGGCAGCGACGAUGCGCACGAACCGCGACACGAUCGACGACCGCUCCACGCAGAAGUUGACGAUUGAGGAAAUCGAAGCCCUGAAGAGGGAAAGUACUGGGGCAGGGAAAGAGAUCAUUGCCAAAUUGUUGGAAUCACAUUCGGCGAUCGACCAGAAGACGGCAUUUUCGUUGGCAAAAUACAAGUUGCGCAAGGAAAGGAAGUACAUGAAGCGGUUCACCGUCAUCCCCUUGGAUGUCAGUCUCUUGACGAAUUAUAUGUUGCAGGACAAGGAGGCGGCAAGAACCCUGGAGAUGCGCGACGAGGCGCUCGGUCUGCUUGGUUGUUGGGGAAAUGUGCACCACGGAGGCAGCACCUCCUUCGAUAUGGAGACGGUGCUGGCGAAUCCGAACGGGCGGUAUCUCGUUGUCGAUGAUACGGGCGGCUUGGUGGUGGCUGCUAUGGCGGAGAGGAUGGGAAUCCUCUACCCACAUGAUGGAGAUUUCGACGAGGAGCAGCAGGACGCCCACUCAAAGGUGCCUGCCACAACAGGCGCGCACGGGGAACAAGACGACGAGGCACAGCCCACCGAGGGUGCGACGUCACGUCGCAAUCGUCGCCCACAAAUGUCUGCUCAAGGGAACACCAUCACCUUGCUUCACGCCAAUAAACAACCAAACAUCAGUCUCUUGAAGUACUUCGGUUACGAGGCUGACGACCCGAGCGAAUCUCACCCUCUCUACACAAACUUCAAGACCGUCUCUUUCAUGCAGCUCUUGGACCCGAAUGCGGACAGCAUCUAUGCUCAGGAACCAACCGAGAUCCCUCCUCAGGAGCUAUCCACAUACAAAUCUAGCAAGCGUAGUGCUUACCACCGCAAGCGUGGCAGGUGGAUGCGCGUACGACGAGUCGUUGACGAAGCCCGGGCUGGGGGCUUCGAUGGGUUGGUGAUUGCAACCCUGAUGGAUCCGAGUAGUGUGCUAAAGCACACGAUCCCUCUCCUGGCCGGUUCGGCCCCUGUCGCCGUGUACUCGCCUAACAUCGAGCCCCUAACGGAGGUGAUGGAUCUAUACUCUACCGCAAGAAAAACCGCAUUCAUCAACCGAAGGCGGGAGUUAGUUGAGCAGAGGGCGGCAUCGGAAGACCCGAUUGAUGUAAAGUCUGAGCUGGAGCAGGAAUUUCCCCUUGACCCGACUCUGUUACUGGCACCUACCUUGGAGACAUCAAGAGUUCGCGUGUGGCAGGUCUUACCAGGACGAUCACAUCCCAUGAUGUCCAGUCGGGGUGGUGCUGACGGCUUCAUCUUCCACGGAAUGAAAGUCAUUCCCACGCAAGAACACAUUGAAGCAGCAGGUAAUCCUAGCCGCAAGAAGCGAAAGGUCGUUCGGGCCGAUGAGACCCCAGCAAGCAGUGUUGAUGGUGUCGACGUGGAAAUGACCGCGUAACCUGUAUUCGAUAGCCAUAUCCAGAUUCUUACCCAAAAUAUGAGUAUCGGUAAAAUAGAAGCUCUACAAGAUACCGGGUUGACUAGAGCCAAACCUGAUGCGAAUUCAAUGACAAUAACGCCUGGUUUCAAGAGAUAUCCCGGGAAUUCCUAUG